AUGCCUCCGAACCUCUUCUCUCGCCUCGUACCCUCUGGCGACGAUAGACCCUUAUACGACCGACUUAGAAAUGCUCAAGAUGACGACGUCGAAAGUAGAGCCGGUCUCGACUUAGACGAAGAGAACUUAGCCCAGCAUUUCCAAGAAGAUGAUCUAGCCCACGCCGGUGGUGCUGGCCUCGACGAUAGUCGCAUCUCUACCCCACGCAGCCCUAUCGCUACCGCAAGUAAAGCUCGUCGCGGCCCUGCUAGAGUAAACCCACACGAUGCGAGAUCACGAUGGCUUCCGCCAGAGGAUGAGAUGGAUAACGAUGUCCCCGCCUCUCUUCUGGUAGAAGGUCUUGAUGCCACCACGUCCAAACCAAACAAACAGAGGACAAGUCCUCGGCCUGCACGAAACUCCACCAGACGUUACUCUGCGGACAAGAGGAUACAAGCGCAGUGGGAAACUGCACAGGCGCGUCAGAGGCUUCACCAAGACGAAGAAUAUGGCCCAUCAACUGCCGAACCCCAAAGAGGCGGCACCGUGAGAAGCCCGGGAUUUAUAGGCAGUCCCAAAGACAAGGCCAUGUUUAGAUGGGCCAAUGUCUCUAAUCUAGACGUUUUCAUUAGGGACGUCUACGACUACUAUCUAGGAGCGGGCAUGUGGUGUAUCUUGCUCGACAGGUUUCUGCACUUAUUGAAAGUCGUCUUUGUUGCGACUUUACUUACCCUGUUAUCGCAGUGUAUAGAUUACAGCAAGAUCCGCGAUAGUAAGAACUUGUCGCAGAUCAUGAUUCCCCAGUGUACCAAGCACAUGUGGGGGAUAUGGAACUUGAGCCUUUGGGUUUGUAGUUUUUACUUUGUCUGGAAGAGCAUUCAGUGGAUUCUUGACAUACCGCGCUUGAUGCACAUCCGCGAUUUCUUCGUCUACCUCCUGGAGAUCCCCGAAGAGGAUAUGCAAACUGUCUCGUGGCAGGAUGUCGUGGCCAAGAUUACCGCCUUACGCGAUGAGAAUGUGAAAACCGCUACCAAUAUUACCCCAUCGCAGCGCCGUUUCUUGUCUAAACAGCUGGGACAGCACAUUGCAAGCCAGUCGAAAGAAAGGCUUGAUGCUCAUGAUAUCGCGAACAGGCUGAUGAGGCGGGAGAACUACAUCAUCGCCCUGUUCAACAAGGAUAUACUAGAUCUUACAGCCCCGAUUCCCUUUCUACGAAAUCGGCAGCUGUUCUCCAAAUCUCUCGAGUGGACGGUCCAGUUUGGGGUUCUAGACCUUGUUUUCAACGAGGGCGGUCAGGUUCACCAACGAGUUCUCAAAUCCGACCACCGUGGACACCUUAGUAGGGAAAUGCAGACGAGAUUUAUAUUUGCGGCAGUGAUGAAUCUCAUAUUCGCCCCGUUCGCAGCAUCCGCCCUCCUUAUUGACUUCAUCUUCACGUACUACAAUGAAUUCAAAACCAAUACUUCAUCUCUGGGAGCAAGGCAGUACACACCCCUUGCCAGGUGGAAAUUCCGCGAGUUCAAUGAGCUGCCACACUUGUUCGAAGAACGGUUGAAUAUGUCAUAUCCUUUCGCGAAACACUAUAUAGAUCAGUUUCCAAAGAAAAAGACAGAGUCGGUUGCCCGGACAGUUCAGUUCUUUUCUGGAGCGCUCAUUGCUGUUUUGGCCAUUGUAGGAUUCUCUGAUCCCGAAAUGUUUGUCGACUUUGAAUUAUUUCCAGGGAUGAACACGUUCGCCUUCGUUGCGCUUCUCACGACGACAUGGGCUGUUGCUCGCGGGAUGAUAUCCGAAGAGAACGACGUGUUCGAUCCCGAGUUUGCGAUGCGGAGCGUUAUCGAGUACACACAUUACCAGCCAGACCAGUGGAAAGGCAGACUCCACAGCUACGAGGUCAAGGCCGAGUUCUCGGAGCUUUACAAAUCGCGAAUCAUCAUCUUUCUCGAGGAGAUUAUCGGCGUCUUAAUCACGCCCAUGGUGCUAUUUUUCAGCUUACCAAAGUGCAGCGAUCAAAUCAUCGACUUCUUCCGCGAAUUCACAAUCCACGUUGACGGUCUGGGCUACGUAUGCUCGUUUGCCGUGUUCGACUUCCAGAAGGACCAGCGUACUACAAAGCAACAGCCAGGCAACGCAAACGAUGCUCGGGAAGACUACUACGCUACUAAGCAUGGAAAGAUGCAAGCUUCUGUCCAUGGAUUUUUGGAUAACUACGUCUACCAUCCUAGGACCGGCCUUCCCAGCAAUCAUACUAUGGGACCAGCCGGACGCCACCAGUUCCACCCCCCGCCCGCUUUCCCGGGCCUCAUGUCGCCCACCCUCGCCGCAGACAUGCACUCGUCGCGCAUCGUACCUAAUGAACGGGCUAGAAGCCGAGCGCCAGUACCUGGUAGAACACCGCGCUUCGGCCCAGCGGUGGCACCAUCGCCAAUGGCAUCGAUGCUCCUCGACCCGCACCACCAACCCUCCGCCUCCUUCAUCGCACUGCGCACCACCCCGCAGCGAGCGCGCCAGCAGCGCGGUCUGCCCUCCGGCGACACGGAUAUCAUCGAGGAGUCUACGGAAGACGGCAUGUCGCGAAGCGUUAUUCGCAGGCACGACACGGCGUUUACGGACGACGGCGAUGUGGAAGAGAGCGUGGCGCGUCUCGGCGAAUCUACGUGGGAAGGCUCGCCGAGGCGUGGCAUCAGCCGCGAGGCGAGUAAUGCUACCGACGGGGAUGAUGGGCCCGGCGUGGUGACGUUGCUGAAGCAGUUCCAGCAGGCGCAUCUGGAUCGCAGGGGUGUUAUGUGAUGUACUAAGCAAGCAAGCUGGACCGGGUCGGGCGUUUUGUUGUUGGAAUGACUUGCUUGCGUGGUGGCCUUCGCAUCAGUCUAGCAAGUAUGAUGGUUAAAUUAGUCUGGAUCGACUAAUAUGAUAUACGUACCUAAUGUAACAUGACGCAGCGGGUUAUGAAGGCAAGGGAAAUGGAAACGGAAACGGAGUUCAGUAGUAUUUGGGUUAGGCACGGCAGUAUGGUGCAUUGCUUUGCAUUGCUGUUAUUCUUUUUCUUUUUUUCUUUUUGGAUUAGGGGGUCAGGGAUAUAUCAUCAGCAUCGGCACAGAGAGUAGGUAGGUAUCCAUCGUGCCAGUAGCAAUGAGUGUCAUACACAUAAAUAAAAUAAGUAAAAUCAACUCUCUAUAUUGUCGUACAUGGAUGGUAUGUAGGAGGUACCUAUAGUGGACGUAAUCACAAUCACACUUCGUGUUAAAUCGAUGAGCGAGACUACUUCAUCCCCUAUAAGAAGUUCAUGUUUGGUAGAUUUAGGUACCUAAGUAAGUAAGUUGCUAUAUUCACUUGAUGAAUCCCUAUCUCUAUUCCUAAACCGUCUUCGGAAGCGAAUCACUU